GGAGCAGCAGACAGCGCAUGUUAAUGCAAUGCUGUGACAGCGUCUGCCAGCAGCGCUGCAUCUGCUGGCAGCGCUGUAUGCUCUCUGUUAGCAAUCGCUUGCUGUUCGAUCGGCUAAUUGCUUUUCUCUUGGUUUGACUAUUGAAUUGUAAAUUGCUUGUAUCGUGUCGGUGGCGAAGCUUGAAAGUGUUCAAGUCACAGCCAAAUAAUCCAAAGUGGUGGUUACAUAUACGAACAUAUGUGCCAUUUAAUAAACAUUUAAUUUGAAUUCGCGUGUUUUAUUUAUAAACAAUAGACGUGCGAAUAAAAGCUACUAAAAAAGCUUAGUAGCUCAACAUUUGGAGGCCCCGGCGAGAUAUAUACUCUCGCUAAGUGUUGUGAAUGCAAUUGAUUUGCAUAAAUAAUUAUUGAAAAUAACUAAGCAUAAAUAAAAAUAGCAAUAACAAUUAGUGAAACAUUUAAAGUGCAAAGUGCUCGAGAGUGCGAAGAAAUAUAUACAUAUAUGUACAUAUGCAUAUAUAUUUAACAAGCGGUGCAUUUCUGUUCUUGCAUUCUCCGUUGUUUGCGCAUGUUCGCCGUUGCUCCGUUGCUUGCGAACCUUCUCCGCUCUCCGUCGCUUGUCUAUGCUCUCCGCUAUUCCGCUGUCGCAGCUGCGUACAUUGCCCUUGCUGCUCUCUCUUAUGCUCUCGGUUUGUGUGAUCUAAAUCAGCUAAUCAACUGAUUAACUUUGAACAGCUGCUGUGCGUAAGCAACUCGCGCGCGUUUGUGAUCGCGGUUUUGACGCGUUUUCCGUGGUGCGCUUCACUUUAAGCUGCUGCUGUGCUUAAGCAACUAGCGCGCGUCUGUGAUCGCGAGUUUGACGCGUUUUGUCUUGCUUUGAACUGCCGCUGUGCUUAAGCAAACCGCGCGCGUUUGUAAUCGCGGUUUGACGCGUUUUUCUUGCUGCGCUGCACAGUAAGUUUGCCAUACAAAGUGAGCAAUUGCCAGUUAGCAAAAGUGCGGUUACCUGCUAGCAAUGGAAAACUCGAUAAACGAGCAAGCGACUACUGUCGAAAGUCGCGCGCGGUUUUUCAAGCGGAAGGUUCUAUCGCUCUAUGAUAGCCUUGUGAGACUCGAUGCGUCGCUUUCUGAAGUUAAGCUAGCUACAUGUAAUUCAUCUGAAUUAGCAGUAUGGUUGGAGCUAUUAGAACGUGCUCAAGCUUCAUUUGACUUAGCUCAGAAUGCGCUGGAGGAGAUUGACUAUAAUGAGAUCGGUAGUGAAACGCGGGACAAUUUCGAUGAGCGUUUUCUUGAAGUGAAAUCGCGUGUUCGGACGCAUUUUGACAGUCGUGAGCGUCAAUUGAUUGGGUCGCCCACAUCGCGGCGUGAUGAGACCAUCGAUCCUUCGGCUAAUGGCCUCGGUGCCCGCGCUAAUAGACGUCGUCUACCCGAGCUCAAACUUCCCACGUUCGGUGGAGAUUAUAAGGAGGUGCGUCCAAACACAAUACCCGACUUGAAGGUGGAUGCCACAUUCCGCCAGGUGCCGAAGCAUGCGUUAACCUUUGAGCUGUGGAAGAUCGACGAGGUUCGCCUAGAAGCCGUUGCUCGAGCACAAUAUGGAACAUUCUACGACAACUGUGCGUACAUCAUUUAUGCAUCGAGUUUAGUGGGACACUAUGCGAAUCACGAGACCAUCACACGCGAGCAAAAGCCGAAUGUGCCGUUGGAGCGUUACAUACAUUAUUGGCUGGGCAGCAAUAUCAGCGAACAGAAUCGCUCGAAUGUUGUGCACAAGAUUCAGGAGCUGGACUCGUAUCUAGGCAAUGUGGCGUCCAUUUAUCGCGAGACGCAGAAUCACGAAAGCGCACGCUUUCUCUCCUACUUCAAGAAGGGCUACGAUGUACUCUCUGGCGCCUUGAUCAACUCGGUUCAAAAGGUGCGCCUCUUUCAGCUGUACGGUCGCAAGUGGCUGCAUGCUAUUGAGCUGGCUGAGAUUGAGUGGUCACACUUCAAUUCGGAUUACAUCAUGGUGCUGCAGAUGGAGGCCAUCACCUUUGUGUGGAUUGGACGCUCGAGUGCCUCGAUUGAGCGUCGAAGUGCGGUCGCCUGGGUGCAGCGACAGCGUGGCAAGGAUUCUGGCACUAUUUGUAUCGUUGGCGAUGGCUACGAGCAGUCGAUGAGUGCGGAGCACAAGCAGGCAUGGAAUAUGGUGUUGCCACUGCAGCAACGUCGUGUCUUUCAAUCCAAUCAGCAGCUGGACAGCAACAGCUAUGACUCCAAGAUUAAUGACGAUAUCAAUGGCAGCAGCAACAAGUUUCGCAUUUACAAGUGCAAUCAACGUGGGCGAUUGCAUCUCGAUCAACUGCACGUGGGCAUGCCCAGCAAGGAUGAUCUAAGCGAUGCGCAUGGCGUCUAUCUGCUCGACAACUAUGGUCAAAGCAUUUGGCUGUGGGUUGGCGCCCAAGCCACUCAAGCGGAUGCUCUCACGGCCAUGGGCAAUGGGCGUGCAUUUGUGAAGAAAAAGAAGUAUGCAAACAGCACGCUCGUGGUGCGUGUGCUCGAGGGACAGGAACCCGUGGAGUUUAAGCGUUUGUUUGGCAACUGGCUGACGGUGUGGCAGGAUAGCACACGAGGCCACAAGCCUGUUUCCAUCAAGUUUGGCAAAUUGGAUGCGGUUCUGCUGUGCGAACUCCCCAAGAUGGCAGCGGACACACAGUUGGUGGACGAUGGACGUGGCGAGCGUGUUUUGUAUCGCAUCUUUGGCGAUCAACUGGUCGAGCUGCCGGCCACCAAAGUGACGUUCUUCACCACCAACUCCUCCUAUGUGGUCAAGUACACCGUUCAGUGUGCCACCGUUGUGGCCGCUGAUCUGGCCAGUGUGGGCGUCAAGAGUAUCAUCUACCAGCGUAACGGUUCGGAGGCAUCUGCGGAGACAAUUGCCAAGGCAGAUAACUUUGCCAUGGCUAUUUUCGAGUCGAUGCAAGGUGCGGAGGCGAUGUUUGUGCAGCUCUACGAGUUCAAUGAGACGCCACAUUUCUUGCAGCUCUUCGAGGGCAAACUGAUCAUAAUGCGAGGUCAACGCAGCGAGCUGCUGCGCUCCAAUAACAAUCACAAUUGGGACUUCAAGACCAAUAUUAUGCUGGAGACCUUUUUGCUGAAGAUCUAUGGCGAUGCCAGCUACAACUCCAAGGCUGUCGAAGAGCAUCCAUUGUCAGCGAUCAGCUCCAAGGAUUGCUAUAAUAUUAAUAGUCGUCCAUUCCUAUCCAUUUCAGAGAGUCCUGACGAUUUGGAUGUGCUGACUCCCGCUCAUCUAUUGUUUGGUGGUCCUCCAACCGUGAUUCUAGAGCCCGACCUAACUAUGCUGGACUACAAUCGGUUGGAUGGUUGGCAGCGUGUCACUCAGCUGCAGCAGGUCUUUUGGACUAGAUGGCGGGAGGAGUAUCUGACUCUUCUCCAGAAAAGAUCCAAGUGGCGCACUCCUGAUCGUCGUCUCCAAGUCAACGACUUGGUCUUGGUGAAGGACGAAAACUUGCCUCCUCUUCGGUGGCCGCUAGCCCGUGUCAUGGCGCUUAUCCCUGGCAAGGACGGCGAGUGUCGAGUUGCCGACUUAAAGACGUCGUGUGGCAGCACCCGGAGAGCCAUAAACAAACUCUGUCCACUGCCCCUAAAGGAUGAUGUUGAAAGAUAGGCUUUCAACGGCGGGAGUAUGUCGGGAGCAGCAGACAGCGCAUGUUAAUGCAAUGCUGUGACAGCGUCUGCCAGCAGCGCUGCAUCUGCUGGCAGCGCUGUAUGCUCUCUGUUAGCAAUCGCUUGCUGUUCGAUCGGCUAAUUGCUUUUCUCUUGGUUUGACUAUUGAAUUGUAAAUUGCUUGUAUCGUGUCGGUGGCGAAGCUUGAAAGUGUUCAAGUCACAGCCAAAUAAUCCAAAGUGGUGGUUACAUAUACGAACAUAUGUGCCAUUUAAUAAACAUUUAAUUUGAA